UCACCCCGCUUCUUUUGACCUGGAAGAUACAACUUAUUGUAUGGAACCACUGCAACUUUAUUGCGCGGGUCUGCUCAAACCCGCAGCCCGGCGUUGAAUCCAACCAUGUGGCUCCUGGAAAACGAGGGCGACGCCCUCGGUGGGAAACGGCUUUGGCUGCGACCAGGAAAGCGAUACCUCUUUGGUCGAACCGUCGCUGAACCUGAUGCGAAGUUAGCUGGACAGCUUGCCAUUAAAGGAGAAGGAGCAGAAAGAGUGUCGCGAAAGCAUGUCACUGUACAAGUCGAUCAAGUAAACGAGGGAGAUGGCGAAAAUGUGUUGAGUCGAUCACGCAUCACGAUAGAAGACCUAGGCUCAAAGGGCGGAACGCGAAUCAAUGAUGAGAAGAUUAAAGGGGAAAAGCGCGUUCUCUCUCGAGAUGUCAACACCCUCCAGAUGGGCACAUUUCCGCCUAAAUUUCGUAUUACUUGGUUUCCCGUAGUCCUGAGCUUCUCCUUUACUGCUAAUCAACUCCGCGCGGAUCCUUUAUCUAAGCUCCGCGAAGACCUUGAGCAACUUGAUGUCAAGUUUAUUGCUCGCUAUGACGUCCGGUCGACAACCCAUGUCGUAUCGAAGAAGAGGAACGUACCAAAGGGCUUACAAGCCCUAGUGAACGGGCGAUACCUCGUUACUGAAGGGUUUUACAAUGCUAUUAUCACUGCAGCGACGCCUGAGAAUGAUAGUGAUAGUGUGGCAACGAGCGCGUUGGAAAACGACUUCGACGCGAAUUGGCCAGAUGCCAUGCAAUUUGUCCCACCCCCAGGAGACGAGGCAGUCCCAAGACCAGUGGAAGCUUUUGCUCCUAACCCUGACCGUGCCGAGAUCUUCUACGGCUACACCUUCGUGUUUUACAAUAGAAAGCAAUACGAUAACCUCCUCGAACCCAUAACAACUGGCAGGGGUAAAGCGCUACUUAAUGAAGUAGUCGAAGGAGAAACACAGAUUGACGACUUUAUUAGGUACGUCAAAGGCGUAGCAGGGGAGAAAGGCAUGGGAGAGUUCGAAGAUGGAAGUGAGGGCAAAGGCGUUGUCGUUGUCAGAUGGAUACCCAGUCCUCCUCAGAACGCCGAUUGGUUCGCCGACUUUUAUAGAUCCGUCUCGUUAAGGUUGGAUCAUAGACUUAUCGAUCAGAAAGAUUUUCUUGACGCGAUUCUUAAUAAUGAUGCCAGUGUUCUACGGCGGCCUCUCGAGGCUGAAGUAGAGCCGCAAACAUCACAAGCUGAAGCACAGCGUUCAAACGAAGAAGCUAUGAACGUAGACAGAGAUGAGCCCCCAGCUCAGCCAUCUAAACCACCGUUCCGAAGGCGGGCAAGAGGGGCUAUGAAGAGUCGCUUCAAAGGUUUCGACGUGGAUUUAGAGGAUGAUGAUAUACGAGAAGGUAUUCCAACUAUCCCAGCAUCUGAGGUGGGAGUCGCGGAGUCACAAGAAGGACUUUUCGUAUCACAGGACGGUGCUAUGGAGGAACCAGAAGAGAUGGUCCACUCAAGCCGGCAGUCGCAGCGAAAACGCCGCAGCCCGCCAUUACUGGAACGUCAAGAAACGAUAGACGAUUUUGCGCCUACAGCUGCUCAGGUGAAGCGUCGGCGCAUUGCCGCUGGGGAAGAUCCCAUUCCUCGCAAACCAACACCGGAAGCGCCUAUAGUAGAAUCGCAGCAGGCCAGAGCCAAGGCCCAAAAGAUCAAAAAGGAAAUAGACAUUCUUGAUGUAGCGCGACAACAUAGAGAAGACGCAGAAGCUCGCGCAAAGGCCGAAAGGGAAGAACUUGCUACCGCACCAGAGGGCCUCGACCUAGCAGAGAUCCGCCGCCUGCACAUUGAGGAGCCUAUGGAACUACGCCAAGCGCCGUCAAUACGCACCCGGGAUCAGGAUGUAGCCGACGGCCGCUGGGAUCCCGCAUGGAAUGGGCGGAAGAACUUCAAGAAAUUUCGUACCCAGGGUGCUGCUCAGGGACGGGCGCCACAGCGGAUUAUCGUGGCACUCGAAGAAGUUAAGUCAAAAGGCUUUGGUAUCGGCGAUGACUACUGGCUUGAAGACGAAAGUCAGCAUCGGAAACGGAAGAAGCAAAGCCAAACGCAUAGUCGGAGCCGAAGCACGGCCGAAAGAGAUGAUCUUCAGGCAAGCAAUACACCAGUGCAGAAAGUCGGAAACCAGAGGCAAAAACUUUCCACUGAAGUUCUUCCCCCGGUAGACAGCAGCGAAGACGAGCAGCAUGGUAUGGAGGACGAGAGUGAAGAUGCUAUUAUAGCUCCUCCAUCAAGGACACGGACAAGUAGAGUGUCACAACAGACCUCACAGUCGCAAUCAACCAGAUCAACGCCACAGAGCACAGUUCAGAAGACGCAACCAUCGAGAGCAUCUAAGCGCGUAGCACCGCCUCCUGCUAAAGAGCAACCAGCAAAGAGAUCUCGAACAGGAUUUGUUGCUGCUAGCGAUGACGAGAGCGAUGACGGGUUACGGUUCAGGUUUGGGAAAAGGUGAAGGGGUCUUGAAGUUGUUAAAUGUUAAUUGUUGUCUCCUACUAGAUGGUAUUGUAUCUAUAUAAAGGGGUAUCUCGCUUCUAUACCUAAUUUACCAUAUGCUAACCAUGAAUAUAUCCCGGGGCCGUCAGACCUAAGCAGACCCAAUUUCAUGCUAAUUGGUGUUGCUUAUUUACCCGUUUUUCUAACAAAUACACAACCCACGCUAUGCUGUACAGUUAUCUAUAUCCAAUCCGACACCAUCCUUUUGUUUGUACAAAGGUAGUCCACGGUUUUGUUUUGAGUCACAUAUAGGG